AUGUCUGGACCUGAGGAAAGGGGUGGCAGAGGUGCUGGUGGCAGUGGAGAAGCUCAAGCUCAAGGCCAACCCCGUGAUUCAGCCAUGGCGCCCAUGCAACCAAGUCUUGGCCCACCUAGGGAUGAGCCUAGGGUGUUUGGGCUUGACAAGUUCAACGGUGACAACUUUGCUGAAUGGUCCUUCAAGAUGGAGAACAUCUUUGACCACUAUGACCUGCUGGAGGUGAUGGAAGGAACGGAGAAGCGCCCCGAGAACGACCCGGAGAAGAGCCCGUGGGUGCGGAAGAGCGCACAAGGCUAUCUCUUACUUGGGCAAGCGUUGGGGAGCAGUCAGAUCCGUCACAUCAAGCCAUUCCAGCGUGAACCAGAGAAAGGACCAAAGGCAUGGGCUGCUCUCAAGGGUGUACAUGCUCCUGCAACAGCGGCGGUAGCGGUGGUGUUGGAACGGCAAAUGGCGGCACUACGAAUUGAAGAAAACGAAGCGGUUGAAGAAGGGGUGCAGAAAUUCUUCGACUUGUUGACGCGGCUUGAGGGAGCUGAUUUGAACUACAGUGAGCUCCAAAAGAAGACCAAGUUGCUGGCCUUACUCCCAGAGUCAUGGUCCUCGCUCAUCAUCAACCUUAAUCGCGACUUGCCCCGCCUCUCGCUUGAAGACGUGAAGCGAGCUAUCCUUCAAGAGGAUUUCCGCCGCCGUGAGUUGGCGAGUGCGGAUGGCGCUGGGGCAGCGAGCAUCGGCCGUAGAUAUGGUCGAGGAAGAGGCAGAGGACGAGGGGGAGGAAGGUUUGGUGGCAGCAACUUCGGCGGAGGCCGCAGGAGUGGCGGUUACGGCAGCGACGACAAGAGCUACGGACGCGGUCGCGGCCGAUUCGACGGCGAGUGUCACUAUUGCCACAAGAGCGGACACAUGUGGCGCGACUGCUACAAACUCCCUGAUGGUUGGACCCCUGCUCAAGACCAAGAGGGUAGAGGAGCAGGUGGAGGGAGAGGAAGAGGCCGUGGAGGCCGUGGCGGUCGCGGUGGCGGAGCUGCAAACAUGAAGAGCGGAGACAACGACAAGGACCCGAGCGACGGUCGAUACCCGGGUCUAUUCUACUUCGUGUCGACGCAAGUACCGGCUGGUCCAGAGAAGGAUGAAGGCUUUGAGGAGCCAGCAGCUGUGGGGAAGGUGACCCUACACCCCCUGGACUAUUGGGUGAUUGAUAGUGGCGCUACCUAUAGCAUGACACCUCGCCCGGACUUGCUCACCGAACUCGAGCCGUCACCGGUGAAGCAUGUCACAUCGGCUUUGGGGCAGCGAGCAGAGGUGAAAGGCAUGGGCAAGGCCAUGUUCAAGGGUGCUGAUGGGAAGAUGGUGGGCCUCAAGAACGUGCUUUGGGUGCCCAGCCUUGCUGCAAACCUGAUUUCCGUGCGGCGGUUGGCAAAGGCCGGCAUGGACACGAACUCGAAGGGAGCCAAGACCUACACCGCAAGGCUUGGCGAUCGAAUUCUUUGGGACCUUCAUGAGGACAGGGAUGUCUACAACGAGAUGUGGCAGAUCCCAGUGGUCCCUAUGCCUAAGGAGAGGCAAGUGGCAGCAAGCAUCAGCACCAAGGAUGGAGCGGUCGGUAGCGACGAUGGCGCGAACGGUCGCGCUAAGGAGAAUGAGCUCAAGAAGAGCAAACCUGGAGGGACCAGCAAGUUUAGUGAACCUAAGGAGAGUGGUGCAGCAACCAAGGAGCAGCAAAAGGGUGAGGAGAACCCAGAGGCAGCAGCGGAGGAGGACUACGGAGAGAGUAUGUGGGGCGCUAUUGCGAGCGCGGCAUUCUCCAAUCCAACUUCGGCUACGGGGGAGUGUGAUUGGCUCACCUUGCAUCGGCGCAUGGGGCAUGUGGCCCUGCCCAUCUUGCAGCAGCUAGUGAAGAAUGAGAUGGUUGCUGGCAUACGUGUGAAGGGGGAGCCCGAUGAGGUGCUUGGCUGCCCGACGUGCAUUCAAGCCAAGUUCACCCGGUUUCCGUUCCCUAGUUCGGAGGCAACGGCAAAGGCACCGCUUGAUGAGGUGGUGAUGGACGUGGUGGGCCCCCUGAAGCUUGGAGCUGCUGGAGCUGAGUAUUUUCUCACCAUUGUCGACGUCUACACCCGCAUGACUUGGGUGUACGUGCUGGCCAAGAAGAGCGACGUGGCUGAAACGUUGAAGACGGAUUGGUUCCCGAUGGUGGAGCGGCAACAAGACCGUCUAGUCAAGUCAAUCCGCACCGAUCGAGGGGGAGAGUUCCUGAGCAAGGAGUUUGGGUUGUGGCUGAAGAAGAAUGGUAUUCGGCACUCCCUCACCAUGCCAUACUCCCCUGCAAUGAACGGCAUCGCCGAGCGAGCGAACCGCACAAUCACGGAGGCGGCACGCGGGUUGCUCAUUGAAGCCGGGCUACCCGACUAUUUCUGGCCUGAUGCGGUGCGGAGCGCGUGUGUGGCCAAGAACAGAGCCUUGACUCAUGUGGGAGCAGACAAAUGGGUGCCCUAUGUGGAGUGGCUAGGAAGGAAGCCAAAGGUGGAUAUGCUUCGGGUGUUCGGGUGCAUGUGCAUGGCGCUCGUGCCUAAGCAUCUUCGGCACAACAAGCUUGGUGCCAAGGCGGUGUGGGCCGUGCACUUGGGCAUGGCUCAAAACAGCAAGGGAUGGCUUCUUUGGGACCCAUUCACCAAGAAAUUCUUGGUGAGCAGGGACUGUAAAUUCAUGGAGAAUCUGAUGUACAAGGAUUGGAAGGCGGAGAAUGAGGCGAAGAUAGGCAUGCGGUUUGGGGAGGUGAAGAGUUCCGGUUUGGAGCAUGUGGAGCUGCCCUUGGAGCUGAGCAGCGGCAGCACCACCACAAGGCAAUCUUCCCUUGUGAAUGGGGGAGAGGAGGCCAAGAAUGCAGAGGAAGAAGAGGAGGAGGUGCAGCAAGUGAGCGAGCGUGCACCGACACUUCCUUCUCGCACUACGAGUGCUCCACGGAUCCGAGUCACCCCGCAGCAACGCCAAGGCCUUCAUGUCCCUGCAGCUGAGGAGGAAGGAAGGGGCAAGAGGAGAAUCCAAGCCCCUAAUAGGCUGACCUAUGAUGCAUUGGGAAAGCCAGCCAAGUCAGCUCUGGCCGGAGCGGCACUUAUAGUUGGAGAUGACAAGGAGAGUGACUACGAGGAGUGUGCCUUCGCGUUCUUCUCUCCGGCUGAGAUGCCGGGGGAACCAGCAACUCUCAAGGAGGCCUUGGAGAGUAGUGACGCUGAGGAGUGGAAGAAGGCAAUGGAGAGUGAGCUGAAGAGCAUCGAGGAGAAUGACACGUUUGAAUUGGUGGAGCUACCGGAGGGGCGUACGGCGAUAACGUCCAAGUGGCUCUUCAAAAUCAAGUCGGAUGCCGACGGCAAGAUCGAGCGCUACAAGUCUAGGCUUGUAGCCAAGGGGUACCAGCAGAAGGAGAAGGUGGACUUCAAGGAGCUGUUUGCCCCUGUGGUGAAGCCGACGACGCUGCGAACCCUAUUCGCGGGAGCCGCCAUCAAAGGAUGGGUAGUAAAGCAAAUGGACAUCGUAACGGCAUUCCUUAACGGCAUCCUUGAGGAGGAGAUUUUUAUGGCGCAGCCAGAGGGGUUUGAUGAUGGUAGUGGCAGAGUGUGGAAGCUGAAGAAGGCCCUCUAUGGGCUGAAGCAGGCCCCUAGGCAAUGGUACAUGAAGCUGCGCGAAGUGUUGGAGGGGAUCGGCUUCACUCCCUCAACGGCCGAUCACUCCUUGUUCAUGCUUGGCGAGGGGGAGCAGAGGAGUUUCAUGGUGGUUUAUGUGGAUGACAUCCUCAUUUUCUCACCCUCUUCUGACCUUGUGAAGGAGGUGAUGCUGAAGCUUCAAGACAAGUUCAAGUGCAAGGCCCUUGGUGACGUGAGCUUCUACCUUGGGCUCCACAUCGAACGAGAUGUGGAGAAGCGGUGCAUGCGGGUGCAUCAACGGAAGUACCUGGAGGCAUUGGCUGCCAACUUUGGGCAGAGUGAAGGCCAUGUGGCUACACCCUUUCCCUCUGGUUUCAAGUGUGUGAAGGGACCAGAGGAGGAGAGCGUUGGUGAAGAGGAGAGGCGCCGUUUUCACUCGUUGGUGGGCAGCCUCAUGUACGCGGCGGUAAACACCCGACCGGACGUCGCGUUUGCUACCGGACAGUUGGCUAGGGUUGUUCAAUGCCCUAAUGAGGAGCAGGUAGCAGCUGGAAUGAGAGUGGCCAAGUAUCUUGGCCAAACACCGACCGUUGGGCUGCAAUAUUCGGCGGCGGCGCAAAGGCGCCAAAAGGGCGCGGAUGGUGUUGAACCCGGGCGUUUGUUCCUCACCGCAUUCUCGGAUGCUUCUUUUGCAUCAGAACCAGAGGACAUGACAAUUGUUGGAGGGUUCAUUUGCUGUGUUGGUGGAGGCCCAACUGCUUGGGAGAGCAAGAAGCAGGUGGAUCAAGCAUUGAGCUCGGUGGAGUCCGAGUAUAUGGCACUCUUCCGUGCCGUACGAGAGAUUGUGUGGCAGCGGCGUUUGUUGGCUGAAUUGGGGGAGGAGCAGCAAGGACCUACCCCACUCUACUGUGACAGCCAGGGUGCCAUUGCUCUUGCUAAGAACCCUGUGCUGCAUGGCCUCACCAAGCACAUGAGCGUGAAGUGGCAUUGGACGAGGAGCAUGGUAACCGCGGGUGAAGUUGAGUUGCGCUACGUGAAGACCACGGGGCAGCCGGCUGACAUGAUGACCAAGGGGCAGCAGGCUGGUGGAGCAGCAGCAUUGGAAGUGUUGCAAGCUGGCUGGGAUGGCUCUGAACUGAGAGAGCGAGAUCCUAAGGCCAACAAUCCGAGGGGGAGUUUGUUGGUGCAACCCUACAGUUUGCAUUCGGCUUGUUGUCCGUGUGCGUGCAUGCGUGUGUGCAUGGAAUGGUGUGCGCAGCAGACUUCCAAGAACUCAAGGAAGAAUUUACCUUGA